AAACACAUCUUCCAAACUCGCCCACUUAGAGUCCUCCGAGUCCUCCGAAUCCUCCGAGCCAUCGAGCACCUAUCGAGCCGCAUCCCGACUGCCAGUCACGGCGGUCCAACGUUAUUGGGGCCACCGUCUGCUUCCUUCAAGCGAGCUCGAGUCUGAGUCGCCUGAGUCGCCCGAGUUGGCCGAGCCGGCCAUCCUGUCUGACCUGCACCUUGAGUCCUCGACCGCAACCUAAGACCUUCCCUAGUUCUCAACAUAUUCGACAAAGUAAGCAACAUGGAAACUUGCGAGCCCGUGGCUAAUGUCAUCGUCAACCUCAUCGUGCAGGGCCAUAACUGCAUCGAGAUCCCCCACCGCAGCAUCCGCCUCGACCGAACCAAUAAUUCUGUAUCUCUUGGUCGGGCUAGCAAGGACCAUGCAAAGGGAUUUAUAGCGACAGAAGAGAACGGCUGGCUCGAUUCACCGGUCAUGUCAAGAGAGCACGCCGAAAUUGUUGCCGACUUCAAUAAUCAGGUUGUCAAUCUCCGUGACCUUGGGUCACUUCACGGGACAUAUAUCAACGAUGAGGACGAGCGCCUCCCCGUAAAGGAACCCCGCGAAGUCCACGACGGCGAUCGCAUCAGAUUUGGAGUGCCAAUCUUGCGUAACGGGGAGGCUUUUACCCCAGCGAAAGUGAAGGUUGGCAUCGCGUUCAAUAGAAGCCGUGUCCAAAGUGCGGGGUGUUCCACCUUCGCGGUUCCGGAGGGUUCAGAUGUGGAAGAGGGCUACUCGAGCGAUGAUGGCAAGGAGAACCCCAAGCCUGAAGCCAUGGUCAGAUCACUCGAUGGCCUUGUUGAUCUUGCUCGCUACGCCCCGGGAAAUGUUGCGGACCUUACGGGCCACUACGCCAGCCCUCCGAUAAGGAUCAGUGACAGGGCCGACGACAGGAUCGAUGACAAGACUACCGGACGCAUUCUCGUCCUCACGUCUUCCGAAGCGCGCAGUCCUGCAUCCGUGGCUGAAGAUCGAUCUGAACGGAACAUGUAUGGGUCGAGCAUCCCUAGGCGUGAUGCUCGGUCACCACCGUACUCGAUCUCCGAAGACGAAGAUGAAGGAGACAGCGAUAUCAGCGAUAUCAGCGAUAUCAGCGAUGUCAGCGAUAUCAGUGACGGUGAGAUGAGUAGACUCAGCGACACCGAUAGCCACUUGUAUCUGGUACAAGAUCCCUUCGAUACCGAUCUGGAAGAUCUGGAAGAUGAUCUUGACUUUGAGCCGAUGUAUUCUUCCGAGGACGGAUUGAUUGACGAAGAUGAUCCGGACGCAGCGAUUUGGGACGAUGCGCCGGCCGAAGAGACCACAGCUAGGGAAGCUGAGCAAGUCUCAGUCCAUGACCAGCCGACUACAGAGGUCCUAGCCGAUGACAAGGCCGGUGAUUCGUCCCCCAUGGAACUCGAGCCUCACAAUUCCGAACCCACUUACGUUACGGCUUCUUCUCGCGUUAGCGUUCCCUCUAUCUUGAACCCGCUCGAGAAUCCAGUCGAGAAUCCAGGAAGCUCAUCUGGCUUGGCGGUUCCCAAGCCCCUUCAAAUCGAAACCUCUACCACCGACAAGUCGUCUGCAGACGUACUGGGGCCCGAGACUGGCGCUGUCGAAGCCAGUGAAAAUGGCUCGGGGCCCAAGGGAAACAACAACGUUACGGAAUCCUCAUCGGCGCAUCACCAACCGGUGGCAAUGUUCCCAUUGCUCAAGGCUGGAGAUGAUUUCCUGAAUAGCGCGAAGAGUGUUCCCGACAAUGUUUGGCAGCCUUUGCCAACCGCGCCCGAGGCUGCGGAUGGCAUCGAUGGCAUCAGCGCGUUCGAGUUUCAGCAAAAGAAAAAGGCCCUGCAGGCUGUCCUCGAGGGCGAGCCCAGCCAGAGCCGCAGAACCCAUGUUGGUAUUGCCGACAUCGUUGACAACUGCCCAGCACAGCCUGAUGAGCCUGCGGCUACCGACCGGAAGGGCAAGCGGAAGGCAGCUGAUAUCUCCAAGGUCUCUAAGGCAGAGCGGCGCUGGGCGACUGCGCUUUACCCAACUUGGUCUACUGGUGUGCCUCAUCAAUCCGUAGCCGAUGUCAUGAGUGGCACUUCUCCUGGUUUCCAGCCAGCUUUCCCAAGCUGGCCACAGGGGACGAUCAUUCAGACUCGGAGCCGGCCGGAUCCUGCCAGGCCAGCGAAGCGAAUGCGCCUGCGACAGGUCGCAGAGAAGAUUGGUUACGCGGCCCUCGGCGGCGCGACAGUUGCUGCGACCAUUAUGACCACUCUUAUUUAUACUGCCCCAUCUUUUACCUGAACUUGUCUAGGCAAAGACUGGACAUUGGGUCGCCUUCCAGAUAUUCUGAUGUUAACCCCGUUGAUGACCUGAACUCCGGUACACGAUUAUCGAUUUGAUUUUUGCAUUUCCUUUUCCUUUUCUUUUUCCUUUUCUUUUUUUUUCGUUACAUGAAUCCCUCGUUCGGUCAUGACAAGGAAAGGGGUAACUAGGUUGGCGUCUGGGUAUGCAUAGGGAGGGGGAAUGGG